AUAAAGUCCCCACGGCCCCGCCGGAACCUGGAGUCUCCUCUGACCCGAGGAUGCCGGCCACGGCGCCCCGCGCCCUCCUCCUGCUGCUCUGGGGGACCCUGGCCCUGACCGAGACCCGGGAGGGCUCCCACUCCCUGAGGUAUUUCGCCACCGCCGUGUCCCGGCCCGGCCGCGGGGAGCCCCGCUUCUUCGCCGUCGGCUACGUGGACGACACGCAGUUCGUGCGGUUCGACAGCGACGCGGAGGGUCCGAGGCUGGAGCCGCGGGCGCCGUGGAUGGAGCAGGAGGGGCCGGAGUAUUGGGACCGGAACACACGGAGCUGCAAGGCGGACACACAGACUUUCCGAGGGAACCUGCGGACCGCGCUCAGCGACUACAACCAGAGCGAGGCCGGGCCGCAUACCCUCCAGAGGCUAUCUGGCUGCGACGUGGGGCCGGACGGGCGCCUCCUCCGCGGGUACAGUCAGUUCGCCUACGACGGCGCCGACUACAUCGCCCUGAACGAGGACCGGCGCUCCUGGACGGCGGCGGACACGGCGGCUGGGACCAUCCAGCGCAAGUGGGAGGAGGCCCGUGAGGCGGAUCACUGGAAGGCCUACCUGGAGGGCCGGUGUGUGGAGUUGCUGCUCAGAUACCUGGAGAACGGGAAGGAGACGCUGCAGCGCGUCGAUCCCCCAAAGACGCACGUCACCCACCACCCCCACCCUGAUGGGGACGACGUCACCCUGCGGUGCUGGGCCCUGGGCUUCUACCCUUCAGAGAUCUCAUUGACCUGGCAGCGGGAUGGGGAGGACCAAACGCAGGACAUGGAGCUUGUGGAGACCAGGCCUUCAGGGGAAGGAACCUUCCAGAAGUGGGCAGCUGUGGUGGUGCCUUCUGGAGAGGAGCAGAGAUACACGUGCCAUGUGCAGCACGAGGGGCUGCCAGAGCCCCGCACCCUGAAGUGGGAGCCAUCUUCCCAGACCACCAUCCUCAUUGUGGGAAUUGUUGCUGGCCUGGUUGUCCUUGUAGUUGUGGUUACUGGAGCUGUGAUGUGGAGGAAGAAGAACUCAGGUGGAAAAGGAGGGAGCUACUCUCAGGCUGCAAGUGGUGACAGUAACCAGGGCUCUGAUGUGUCUCUCACGCUUGACCCAGCUGCCUUUUGGGGGACUGAGUGAUAGAAGUGAUAGAAGAUGUGUUCUCGCCUCCCUUUUGUGACUUCAUGAGCCUCUGACUUCUCUUUCUGCAAAGGACAUUUGAAUGGGUCUGCGUUCCUGUUAGGACAAUGUGAGGAGAAGACCAGCCCACCCCUGUGUCCACACUGACUCCCUUCACCGCCCUGACCUGUUGCCUUCCCUGAUCAUCUUCCCUGUUCCAGAGAGGUGGAGUGGGGACGUCUCCAUCCCUGUCUCUACUUCAUGGUGUGCUUAGCUCUAACUUCUUGCUUCCCUAACGAAAAUAGGAAUCUGAAUAUAAAUUGGUGUUUCAAAUUCUUGCCAUGAGAAGCUGAGGAGCUAAUUAAAGAAGGAGAUUUCUAAAAUUUGAGAGAGGAAAUAAAUGGAAGACCUGAGAACCUUCCAGAAUCCA